AUGACUGCCGCAACUAUGCAACAGACGCCCGUCAUUCCUCCCCGGCCUUCGCGAGGCCAGGACAAGGAUGACUCGGCCGCGUCUGCCCCCAAGAUUCCUCCUCGUCCCGCUGCUAAGCGCGUCAUCAACCGCUCGAUAUCUCCCAAUCCCGACCGCUUCGCUCCCUCGCCGCUCAACGAUGGCAUCCCCCAGAAGAGCCCCAGAGCCCUCCACUUUAGCUCUAACGAUGCUGUCGACUCCCAAGACCCAAUCGACCGCUCCAACAGCGUCGCCAUGCCCUCUGUCGGUGAGGAGGGCCUUGAAUACAGCGCUAUGACCGAAGAGUUCGCGGCAGAGAAGCAGGAGCAAGAGCGAUCAUCAUCGCCGGAGCAGACUCGCACCGUCGCCGAGGACCUCAAACUCCAUGCUCCCAAGCCCUCGCUGCCCGCUCAGAGCGCCAAGCAGCGAGUCCAGACCGUCACCCGCACCGACUCCGACAAGGCCGCUGCCUUUGGCAUUGGCCGUCCUGCUUCUCGCGAUGCUCUGAAGAAGAAGUCCAGUACCGCCUUCUCGGCGACUGAGAGCCAGCCUGAUGUGGAUGACGAGGGCAUCCCCGAGAUUGGACAGCGCGUGCCUAUGAACCCCCAUCUGGGCGAUGUUCAGGCUCCGUCUCCCGCUCCUGGCUCCGAUGAGUUCAAGAAGCAUCACCAUCGCAAGCACAGUUCUCGCGGUGGACCUCCUGGAAGCUACGGCAUGCAUGGCCAUGGUGUUGCGCCCCAGGACAAGCUCGACAAGGCGUAUUAUGAGAAGAACCCUCAUGUCUUCGACAGGGAGCACAAGACCCCUAUUCACGACCGCCAGAAUGAUUUCGCCAUGAGCAGAGAUGACCUGAACAAGCUCGUUCGAGAUACUGCAAGCCGCGGAUCGGGCCUGGCAACCUCUUCAGAGUAUCAUGCUGCCCCCACGGAGGAGGUCGGUUUCCAGGCCAGCGAGGAGUACUCACGCAUCUCAUCACCACUUCCCGCCUCAAAUGGUAGAGACCAGGCCAGCGCUCUGUCCUUCAAGUCUGAGAUCACCAGUCCCGAUGGCGAGAAGACGGUUCACAUUGAUGACCCCGAGCACCCUCAGUAUCGUUCACCUGGCGAUAGCGAUCACGCCGUUGAUGAGGAGGAGCAGGAGUACACAGCUCCUAUCCUGGCCCCUGAUGAAGUCGGCAAGGACAAGUCUCCGUAUAUUCAGCAGCCGGCAGUUCAUCCUCCCGAACGCCGUAGAACCUCCACUGAGAUGGAAGAGUCCCAUAGCCGACCUAACAGUCGGCCCACGAGCAUUUACAAGGAGAACCCCUCUCAGGACUUUGGUUCUACACCUCUGGAUGAUGUCAAGGAGUACGAGCCGCUUUUCCCCGAGGAAGGCAAGGAUGAGGCGCAAAAGGCGGCUACUUCUGAGGCAAAGGCCCGGCAUUACUUCCCCAGCAAGGACGUCUGGGAAGAUGCGCCCAACAGCGUACACUACACUGCAGAGGUUUCAACGCCUGACUUGACAGAGAAGAUGAGGACGUUGUCAUCAGGGGUCCAAGAUCGUCCCCAGACCCCCGCUCACGCCUUUGCCCAAAAGCAGGAGGAGUUGGCAGAACGUGAGGUGAAUGGGCCUGCUGAUGUGAAAACCACCACUAGGAGCCAAGAGAAGCCAACCUGGACUGAGCCUGAGACGAAAUCCGAGUCCUUUCUGACAAAUAAGAGACCGGCACUCAACCAGCGUUUCCCUAGUCGAGAUAUCUGGGAGGAUGUCCCGGAAAGCCAGCUCUAUGAGGCCACUGUCUCCGCGUCAAUAGAGGAAGAGAGCAAGCCCGAGAUUCCAUCACGACCUGCCAAGAAGAUCACAGAACCUUCAGAACGGCCCGCCAUUCCUGAUCGUCCUAAGCCCAAGACUCCUGUUGACGACACCCAGAAGUCUAGGCCUCCGGUUUCGGACAAGCCAAAGCCUCAGAUUCCACCCAGACCAAGCAAGAGUUCGUCUGGAGAUUCUAAGGACGGCGAGUUCUCCAAGCCGAAACCGCCCGUGCCCAGUAGACCGGUGGGAGGCAAGAUUGCCGCCUUACAGGCGGGUUUCAUGAGCGAUCUGAACAAGCGCCUCCAACUGGGACCUCAGGCUCCCAAGAAGGAGGAACCUAACCCUCAGGAGGAUCUCACUGAGGAGAAGGAGAAAGCUCCGCUUGCCGAUGCCCGAAAGGGCCGCGCGCGUGGUCCUCAGCGUCGUGCUCCGGCUAAGAGCCCUGCCGCUCCUGAGCCUGCAAAGACGUCUGGACCGACCCUGACCUUCUCUAUGCCGCAAACGUUUUGGUCUAUUGACCCUGAGCAAGGCAACUUGGCUGUUGUUGGCGAGGAGACGCCUGCCCCGGUCGUUGAAGAGGAAGUGGUAGAAAAGACUGAGGAGGUCCCCGAAACGUUAGUUUCGGAGGAGCCUGCUGAGGAAGUCGAGGCAGAGACCUCGGAGGACUCAAAACCUACACCCGAAGAGAAAACGGAGGCGGCUGAAGAGAAGACGGAGGAGCCUCAAGAGAAGACGGAAGCGCUUGACGAGAAGACGGAGGCGCUUGAAGAGGAGACGGAGGCGCUUGAAGAGGAGACGGAAGCGCUUGAAGAGAAGACGGAAGCGCUUGAAGAGAAGACGGAGGCGCUUGAAGAGAGGACGGAGGCGCCCGUUGAGGAGGAAAAGACCCCCGUUGCUAGCAUGGCGGCGAGUAUCCCCGAAGCCAGCGUUGAGAAGAAGAGCGGCAAUGAAGUGGAGCCCGUGGAGGUCUCUGAGGAGGUUAAGGCUUGA